CAUAUGUUAUGAAACAUGUCAUCAUUCAACGAUACAGACAAGCAAGAUAUUUGAGCUAAAGCAUGUGUUUUUUCUGUCUAUUUUCGGAAAUUGUAGUGCAGGAGGGAAUAUUACCCGCCAAGAUUAAACUCCAAUAGGAAUAUUUAUCUUAAUGCCGACAAGUAUUUGUUGAUGUAGAUGAGAAUUUGCAGGUAGAAAGUGGAACGUCCUCUUUAGUUUCGGUUCGCCACCGGUCGCUGUUGAUACAACUGAAGCCAUGGGCGGCCAUUCUUCGCAAUCCAUAGAACAUGGCAUUACUCCCAUCCAACAGAUGGCGGCGUCGUGCUCCGGAGCCUUGCUUACGUCUCUAUUGGUCACACCUUUGGAUGUUGUAAAAAUCAGACUUCAAGCACAGAAAACUCCCUUCCCCAAAGGCAAAUGCUUUGUCUACUGCAAUGGACUUAUGGACCACCUAUGUGUGUGUGAGAAUGGAAACAAUAAGGCCUGGUACAAAACGUCAGGCCACUUUAAUGGCACAGCGGACGCCUUUGUCAGGAUAGUACGCAAUGAAGGAAUCAGGUCAUUGUGGAGUGGUCUACCUCCAACGCUUGUGAUGGCAGUGCCAGCGACUGUCAUCUACUUUACCAGCUAUGACCAGCUGUGUAUGAAGCUCAAGGUCAAGAUGGGUGACCACGCACAGUUCGCCCCUAUGGUCUCUGGAGCUGUUGCUAGAGUGGGCGCGGUCUCGGUGAUCAGCCCCCUCGAGCUGAUGCGCACCAAGCUCCAGUCCCAGAAACAGUCGUACCGUCAGCUGGCCACCUGCGUUCGCACAGCGGUGGAGGCGGACGGUUGGCUGUCACUGUGGCGAGGUCUAGGGCCCACGCUGCUCAGAGACGUGCCCUUCUCCGCCAUGUACUGGUACAACUACGAGAGGAGCAAGAAGUGGCUGUGUGAGCGCUAUGACGCCGUAGAGCCAACGUUCACCAUGACCUUCGUAUCGGGCGCUGUGUCCGGCUUAUUUUCUUCAGUAGUGACGUUACCGUUUGACGUGGUCAAAACACGACGGCAGGUGGAACUUGGAGAGCUGCAGGCGAUGAAUUUGUCACACAAGGCCUCCUCCACUUUGAGCGUGAUGAAGAGGAUUGUGGCACAGCACGGCGUCCCGGGGUUGUUUGCGGGUUUCCUCCCCCGCAUCAUCAAAGUGGUACCAGCCUGCGCCAUCAUGAUCAGCAGCUACGAGUUCGGGAAGGCUUUGUUCCGCAAACACAACCAGGAACAGACACUAAAACCUCCGCAAACCAGCAAGACCUGAGAGAUGAGUUGAAACGUUCCAAGUCCAACACUUUACUUUAAAAAAUGACGCUGUGAGGCUUUGCAAUAAGCAGAAGUGAGAUUACAAGAAUUAUAUUAAACACUUUAAUGAUGGUA